GGCAUAAAAGAGCCAAGAUCCCUUUGCAGCCUGCGCCCACAACCACCUGGAACCCAAGAGUCCUGGCUCCCAGAACCGCCCCCCCUCCCAAGCCUCUUUGCUGUUCUGCAAUCAACGCUGCUGCAAGGAUCACCCCGCCGCAUCCCCUGGUCAGAUCGGGAAGUCCUGCACACCGGGAUUGCAGGGGAUGGCAGCUUGGAGCCCGAUCCUGCUGCUGCUGCUGUGGGGCCAGUCGGCAGCCGCCUGGCACUGGGCCCUGUGCCAGGCUCGCCCGCUGUCCUCUCACCACCCUGUGCUGGGCUUCUGGGAGCGGAUCCAUGCAGGCACGGGUUGCGCCAGCCGGGGGCGCUCGGCCUCGGGCCGGGAGGUGCACGUGCUCAUCCUGCGGGGGCUAGCGGGGAGGAUGGGGGCCAGGCAGGUGAGCCUAGAACUGGGCCCAGCGCCCCACGGCAGAGCCCCUAUCUUUGUGCUCAGCUCCCAAGCGCCCGUGGUCUGGAGCCUCCAAACGGCCCAAGUGGCUCUUGGGGAGCAAUGGACCUUCCAGGUCUCCCCGGGCUCCAGAGUCUCGGCCCUAGGGGGUGUCUCUGUCAUUGAGACCCGGCUGCCCCAGACCCCCCGAGGGCUCCUGCGCUGGGCGCAUGAGGAGCACGGCGGGGUCAGCUCCCUGGCUGCGUAUUGGGGCGUCAACACGGUCUAUGUGCGGCUGGGAGAUGAUGGGGUCUCGCCAGAUGCCUGCAAACCUCGCAGGAACUUCCUCUCCCCGACCCACUUUGCCUCUGACGUCCAACCACGGCCCUUGCGGGGCUGCCUGACCUCUGACCCCCCAUGGGACCCCGAAGUUCACGUCAUCCUCUCCAAAGGAGCCAGGCCCCGGCCCCCAGCACAUCUCACUGUGGAGCUCCAAGCGCCCCAAGGCUGCUGCUCCCCCCGGCUGGAGCUGAUCGUGGUGCUGAAGAGCGAGGGCGCCACCAGCUGGCUGGUCCGAAUCCACCACAUGGCUGGGCGACUGCGAGUCCUGGCAUCCCACAAGGUCUCGGUCAGCUGCACAGAACCAGAACCAGACCUGGCUCUGAGCAGCAGCAUGUCCCUGGGCCUGGCCUAUGCCAGCGACCCCAUGGCCUGGGCAAUGGAGCAGGGGCUGCCUGGGGUCACAUCUUACACGGAGGCCGAGCAGGUGAAUAGGUUCCUGGUCAUCGUGGGGCUGGAUGGGGACCCCAAGGCUCCCCACCCCUCCAUUCCACCCCCUAGAUCAGCCAAGAUCUCCCCAAUGAUCUGGGAAAGGAGCCGAGUGGCGCCAGGAGGCAGGAGCGCUGUGGGGCUGGCGGGAGCUCUGUCUGUGGCGUGUCUGAGCGAGAGGGUGAUAGCUCAUGUCAACAAGGACAUGCUCCAGGCUGCCAGACUCUCCCCAGCCCGAGUGACCCUGCGGGACCCCAGCUGUGCAGCCCAGUCCAAUGGCACCCACUUCCUGCUGGAGUCCUCCCUGGCCGGCUGUGGCGCCCUGCGCAUCCCAGCCCUAGGCCCCACCUCGGGCAUCGUGCGGUACCAGAACGCGGUGGUGCUCCGGGGCAGCGGGCCAGGGGUAGCGCUUGGGGGUUCCCCACUCCCGGCGAGACAGGCUGAAGAUAGCUCGGAGUCCAUUGAGUUCUCCUGCUCCUCCCCAAGCCUGAGCCAGCCGUCCCGCUCUGCCAAGUCCAUCCUGGAUCUUCCCUUCCACCUGGGCCGUGUCCUGCUCAGCCUGGAGGUCUACAGCUCGGAGGCCUUCACCAAGGCCCAGGGACCCUGCACGGUGUCGGCCAACAGCCGCGUCUUUGUGGAAGCUGCUCUGGCUGCCUUCGACCCCUGGCUCAGCUUCAGCAUCCGCCUCUGCUUCCUCUCGCCGAGCUCCUCCUCCUCGCUGGACUCCCCCUACAUCCUGGUGCGGGGGGGCUGCCCGGUUCACCCCGACGUCUCCCUGCACCCACCCUACAAGGGGGCUGCAGGCCAGGCAUCGCCCUCUGGCUCCCAGGAGCUACAGCGUCUCAGCUUCCUGCUCCGGCCCCUCUACAAUGACUCCAUCCAAUUCCUGCACUGCCGCCUGGCCCUCUGCGCCCAGGAGCCCCAGGGCCAGGCUGGGGCCUAUGGGGGCGCCCUCCCUAAGUUUCAGUGUGGGCCCCAGGCCGGGGCAUGCACCAGCAGCCGUGUGGGGGAGCCGGGCAGCGGGCGGUUCCAGCACACCUUCACCAAGCCCAUCAUCGUAACAGUGGGGAGCCUGGGCAGAGCCACCAAACCCACCCCAGGAACAGCAGAUCCCUUUCUGGUGCCCUUUCCUCGGGCUGGCAGGAGGGGGAAGGUGCUGAAGGGAGAGACACCCCCUGCCCCCCUGCCCCAGGGCCUGGAGCUGCCCACUGUGGUGGGCAUCGUCUUCUCAGCUUUCGUCAUUGGUGUCUCUCUCACUGGGGGGCUCUGGCUCAUUCACUCCAGGACAGCUCACAGGGGCCUCCCUGUCCGUGCUCGUGGGGACACUCUGGCACUGGUCCCACCAUCACCAUCACCAUCACCACCUGCAGGCGCCCGGCCCUGUGGCUCCCAGGAUCAGCAGCCAAUCGGACUCUGCUCAGCACAGCCAGGGUGGCCACUGGGGGAAGGGCCUCUCCACCUGGCCCGGAGGGCCCCCUCCCUGUGAGCGGCAGGCAGCAGGCCUCGCCCAGGCCGGAAGGGGCCCUGGGGCAGGCCCCACGGCAUUGGGACUGCGGCACCGGCUGGUUCUUUGCCGGCUGCAGGGAGCGUUCACGCUUUCUGGGUAUAAACGUGACCGUGGAGGAUGGGCCGGUG